CCCCAAUUCUCCAUCAUCACUGAAGCUCCCAAUUUCGCCAAGUCUAGCCAACUUUCCCAAUUUCACUUCCAACCCUAAACCUCUUUCCUUUCUCACCAACCUCGUCGCCGUCCUAAAUGCCGUCCUAAAUGCCGUCCUAAAUGCCUCAUGACUACAUCCCGCUACACAACCGGUCCAAACGAGACAUGAGCUACACGUCCAGUUUUGUCCACAAGUUCCUCAACCAGCUACAGCAACGUCAACAGCAACAUCCUACCGCUACAAGAUGGGAUCUUCCCAAAUACGACGCCACUGAUGAGGCAGAUCAACAAGUCAUCAUAUCUCGAAGCACACCACAUGCCUUCCAGCUAGGAACAGGCGCAUCAAUCUUCACGAGCACACUGAUUCCCGCCAUCGUCUCGGCGAGAUCCGAGGUCGUCUUUGUCACUUGCUUCUGGGCCCCUUCAAAGACCCUUUCCGCCAUCACCGAUGCUCUUGUCAAACUUGCGAACCACCGCCGUGGUCUGCCCAACCCGCAUGACAUCGAGCCUCUCACCGUUCGAAUCUGCUUUUCGUCGCGAUCCGUAUUUCAAAAGUUGCUGCACCCACAGUCCCACGAUGGCUACACCUACUCGCCUGCUGAAUGGCAAAAGAAGCUCGUCCUCCCUGAUCCUGCCUUGUUGGAGGAGGCCGGCAUCCGCCUUCAAGUGAAGAGUCUGUUCUUCCUCCCCUUCAGUGUUAUGCAUCCCAAGUUCGUCAUUAUCGACAGACAACGUGCCUUCAUCCCGAGUUGCAACGUCAGCUGGGAACCUUGGCUUGAAGGUUGUGUUGAAAUCACUGGCGAUGCCGUCACCAGUCUCAUGUCAUUCUAUGCUCUGACUUGGGAGAAACAUGUCGACUUUCGGAAGCCUCUCCCUGCCAUCCAUAGUAGCCGUACGUCUGAGCUACAGGAUCAGCUUCUUGUUGUUCCUAGCAGUGCUCACCACUUGGUCCGUCCUGCAGCCUCUUCGGCACCGCUUCCGACGCUUGUGUUGCCUUCUUCACAUCAUCAGAACCCACAGUUCCGCUUCUUGCCGUGGCAACAAGCUGCCAAACCUCCAGCUACCCCCUUGAACGUUGCAAUGCUCGAACUAUUUGAGCAGGCUCGACGGUCCAUCUACCUACAGACCCCGAAUCUCACCUGCGAGCCUGUCAUUGCUGCAUUGCUAGACGCUCUAAAGCGAGGCGUCCAUGUAACCAUUGUGACAGGUCGGAACAUGAUGCUUCUGGAGCAGCUUGUCACGGCUGGUACCACCACAUCUUGGUGCAUCCGAUCCCUCGUACGCCGUUUUAAGAAGCUCCGCACACACGCUGCUCACGAUCUAGAAUCUGGAGACCCCGGUCUUGGCCACCUGCGAAUCUCUUACUUUCAGCCGCGUUCCGCAGCCAAAGCGGCCAAGCGUGGAGGCCAAGCUCGUGCCGUCAACGAUGGCCAGAUGCAGGAUCCGGAAGAGGAAGAGCCAGUGCACUCUCAUCUCAAGCUGACCAUUGUUGAUCGCGAGUUCACGGUCCUCGGGUCCGGUAACAUGGACCGCGCAAGCUGGUAUACAAGCCAAGAACUGGGCGUCUUGUUCCAUGAUGCAGCUUUUGCGGAAUCGGUCCGGGAAGGAGUUGACCUUGUGUUGGAUCAGCGGCUUUCUCUCGUCUUUGACUCUGGGGAAUAGCUGAGGAACAUACACCUUGAAGUCAAAGGACCUUGGGCAAUGUGACGAUGGCGGAAAGGUGGUGCAUCUUUUCCGCCUAAACAAACCCCUGUCGCCCCGC